GGGUUACCGUCACUGAUGGACGUCAGCAAUGCUAGAGGCAGAGCCAAGCGCUGCCUACCAUAUUAUUAUUUAUUUUUUAUUGCCCUUGUAGGCAGACGAGCGCACGGCCCACCUGAUGGUGAGUGGUUACCGUCGCCCAUGGACUUCAGCAAUGCCAGGGGCAGUGCCAAGCCGCUGCCUACCGCUAAAUAUAAUAUAUAACCAAAUAUAGAUAAAAGAUUAAUUCACUUUACGAAUACCAGAGUGGAACUUAUGUAUAGUGUAGUGUGGAAUAUGAUCCAAUAAAUUUUUAAUGCGGUGGUCUACUGAAGCUUUUUACAUAUUUCAAUUCAAUAUUAAAUCAAAGAACAGCCACAAUAAAAAGGGGAAUGGUUUAAAUGUUGCAUUUGUUGCAUAGCACAAAUGUUUGUCAAAUAAGGACCAUUAUAAAAUAAUUUUCAAUAAUUCCAUAAACAUUUAGAGAACUUAGAAAAAACUAAUAAAUAUCAAAUUCUUAUAAUGCAAACUUUUCUUUUGUUAUCUAAUCGAUAGGGAACCAACUCUUAAUUACAGAACACUUUGAAUUUUGGAAAAAAAAAACAGAAAACCUACCCUGAGAGUACCUAAUAUCAAAUCCUAUACCAGAGUACCUAGAUCUAGUACGGUAGAGCGUCAUUAUGGCGUGACCAUUACCAUGACAACAAACUGACGUAAUUGGAUGUAAACAUCGUAACGCAGUGAUUAUUUUGUUGUUUUUUCUUCAAGUAUCUUAUUUUGACGUGUGUCUGAAAUUUAAGCUAAACGAAAAAAGUGUACUUAAUACGGAAAAUAAUGAAAUGAUAUGAGUUCUAUAAACAAACCAUUUUAGGAGAUGGCUUUGCCCGAUCUUGACGUUCGAUCUGUUUUGGAUGUAGUAGAGGAAAAUUUUCAGAAACUUGGUUUAAAAACAUACGCUAUUCGUAUGAUAUAUAUAGGUGAACAUACAUUAUCUAAGGAAGAAAUAAUAAGAGCGUUCGAGAAAUCUGUACAUGAUGUAAACUCUGCUUAUUGUGAAAUCCAUGUAUACGGACUGUUAUUGGUCUACGAUAGUUAUUUUGUACAUAUUUUAGAGGGCUCUGAGGACACAUUACACAGACACUUGAGAUUUUUAUUUAAGUUAGAAAUUGACUGGAUUGAGAGAAUGAAAAAAUCCACGGAAACGGACCGUGCAGUCCUUUUGGAGAACAAAGAUAAAUCAGAACCGAAGAUAUUCAGGAGGCUGAAAAUGUUAAUGGUUUAUCAUUCGAUCAGCACGCUAUUUUUCGCACGGUGGCGAGCAUUAACCGCCCACCCGCCAUCUUUAGUUGGCAGAUUGGACGUAAACGGACCAAUUUCAGAGCACAUGGAACAAUUGAAGAUUUGCCUCAAUAAAAUCACAAAAUUAUGUGAUCUUUUGAAGGCCGAUGAAAAGUUAUCAUUUGAGGGUCUCAAUGCUGUGGAUCCUAGAAUUGAAUCUUUACCCGAAGCAGCACUUUUAGACUUUUUACUGCAGUCUUCUUAUAUUCGAGACCUCAGACAAACCUACGAUUUGCAUAGAAGGGUUGAUGACCAUCAGUUUUAUUUUGAGAGUGUAUGGCCUCUACCGACACAUUUUACACCUCGCCUUCUGUACAAGUUAAAGGUAGACGACUCGUUCGUCGAACCUUUGCCGGUAAUGCCUUGGGAGAUAGUUAAGAAGGAGACAGAAGACGAAGAUAGAGAAGAACCGCAAAGCGGAAGUUCCUCAAGUGAUUGAAGUUCUGAUUACGGCACGGCACUUGUAAAAUAUGACGUGACUCAAAAAAAUGUAGGUACUUACAUGUUGAAUGAUCUUUCAUCUUUGUUACGUACCGUAUGGACCCUAUAUAUUAAUUAUCAUAAUCAUGACCUGAGAAUUAUUUCACAAAAUACAGUUAAUUAAAAACCAAAGAAGCA